GACAAGAGAUAUAUUCCUCUUCAUCUCUUCCUGCAUAGUACUCAAAAAUUAAGCAUCUAGCUAAAGCUAAAUAAUAAGUCAUGUCUAAAGCAUCUGCAAGCUUUUUCUUCAUCAUCCUUCUCCUCUGUUUUGCCCUGUCCUAUGCUGCUCGCCCUCAGCCACUAUUUCACGAGGCUACUCUCAACAAUAUUCAACAGCAGGAUGUUGUUGAACCAAAGGAAGUUGGUAAGGAAGAGAGUUGCAAAGGAGUCAAGGAAGAAGAAUGUUUAGAAAGGAGGACUUUGGCUGCUCAUCUUGACUAUAUCUAUACCCAAAAUCAGAGCCCUUGAAGAAAGUACUAUUCCCAAGGACGAAAAUGAUCAGUUGAUUUGUUUUACAAUGAUUAAUUGACCUAAGUUUUCCGUUAAUUUAUGUUUCACUAAAGUAGUGAUAGAACGAGUGAGUUAUCACAUAUAUU